GACGACCAACACGUCGACAAUGUACAGGCGGUGCUCGGCGCGCACUCCCUAUAUGACCGCUACGAGAAUGGACGGCGAAUUGUUAACGUGGAAGAGGUGGUCCCGCAUCCCGACUUCGAGCCUCAUACCUUCGCCAAUGACAUCGCGCUCCUCAAACUUGCCAACACCAUACAACUCACUGAUACCAUAGACACUGUUCGUCUUCCGUAUCAGAGGAUAUCUUCAUACAACUUCGCGGGAAUGGGCGCCAUCGCCUCCGGCUGGGGGAUAGCCGCAGAAGGUGUUACUUUCGUGUCGCCAACACUCCGUGAGAAGCUGAUGACGGUGAUGACGGACCCGCUCU